AGCUAAUAAGCCUUAGAUCCUUCCAUGUUCACAACUCUUAUUAAUAAUCACUAUUCAGAGUCUAUUCAGCUGAGUUCAGAAACACAAACCAAUAUUGAAGCUCCAAAAAUGACUUAUUCUGAGUUGAGAAACACAAUAGGUAAAAUUUCUGAGCCACUGUUAGCUCAAAAAGUUGAAACAAAACAAACAGAACUAGGACAUGCUACUUUUCUCAGUAAAUUGAUUUUCUCUUGGAUUAAUUCUUUACUCAGUUUAGGUUAUUCAAAACCACUCAAUCUUGAACACAUUCCUUCCCUUGUUCCUGAAGAUGAGGCUAACAUGGCCUAUCAAAAUUUUGUCCAUGCAUGGAAAUCACUUAGGACUGAGAAUAAUACAAAGAGUUUGGUUCUUUGGUCUAUAGUUAGAACUUUCUUAAAAGAAAACAUAUUAAUAGCGUUUUAUGGAUUAAUCAGAACUAUUUCUGUUGUAGUUUCACCUUUAAUACUCUAUGCUUUUGUUAACUACUCUAAUAGAACUGAGGCAGAUCUUGGAAAAGGUCUUUCCAUAGUUGGUUUUUUGAUUGUCUCCAAAGUGUUGGACUCUUUCUCUCAAAGACAUUGGUAUUUUAACUCAAAGAGGUCAGGUAUGAAAAUGAGAUCAGCUCUCAUGGUGGCAGUUUAUCAAAAGCAGCUAAAACUUUCUAGCUCGGCGAGAACUAGACACUCCGCCGGCGAGAUUGUGAACUAUAUUGCAGUUGAUGCUUAUAGAAUGGGAGAAUUUCCAUGGUGGUUUCAUAUAGCAUGGACUUCUGCAUUGCAGCUUGUUCUUUCCGUUGUUAUUCUUUUUGUUGUUGUUGGUGUUGGUGCUCUUCCUGGUUUAGUACCUCUUCUUAUAUGUGGACUUCUCAAUGUACCAUUUGCAAGGAGCCUGCAAAGUUGUCAGUCACAGUUUAUGAUUGCACAGGACGAACGUCUAAGAUCGACUUCGGAGAUUCUAAAUAGUAUGAAGAUCAUUAAGUUACAAUCAUGGGAAGAAAAAUUCAAGAACUUAAUCGAGUCGCUACGCGAUAAAGAGUUCAAAUGGUUGUCUAAGGUGCAGAUUUUGAAAGCCUCUAGUACAUUUCUCUAUUGGAUGUCUCCUACAGUUAUUUCUGCUGUUGUGUUCCUUGGAUGUGCUGUUACCAAGAGUGCACCAUUGAAUGCUGAAACUAUUUUCACUGUUAUUUCAACAUUGAGGAACAUGGGAGAGCCUGUUAAAAUGAUUCCACAGGCUCUAUCCGUUAUAAUUCAAGUUAAGGUUUCGUUUGAUCGUCUUAAUAACUUUUUGCUUGAUGAAGAGCUAAACAAAGAUGAUGGUGAAAGAAACUUUAAGCAAUGUUCGGUUAACAAUGCUGUGGAAAUUCACGAUGGCAACUUCAUUUGGGAUCGUGAAUCUGUAUCUCCAACUUUAAUGGAUGUGAAUUUAGAAAUCAAAUGGGGACAAAAAAUAGCAGUUUGUGGACCAGUUGGUGCUGGAAAAUCAUCACUUUUGUAUGCAAUACUUAGAGAGAUUCCCAAGAUUUCAGGAACUGUUAAUGUAGGUGGCACUCUUGCUUAUGUUUCCCAAUCUGCAUGGAUCCAGAGUGGAACAGUUCGCGAUAAUAUACUCUUUGGCAAGCCAAUGGACAAAACAAGAUAUGAGAAAGCAAUCAAAGCAUGUGCCUUAGAUAAGGAUAUCAAUGAUUUUAGCCAUGGCGAUCUUACAGAAAUUGGUCAGAGAGGGAUUAACAUGAGUGGAGGACAAAAGCAAAGGAUUCAACUAGCUAGAGCAGUCUACAAUGAUGCUGAUAUCUAUCUUCUCGACGAUCCUUUCAGUGCAGUUGAUGCACAUACAGCUGCAAUACUAUUCAAUGACUGUGUCAUGACUGCUUUAAGGGAGAAAACAGUCAUUCUAGUUACUCAUCAAGUGGAGUUUCUAUCCGAAGUUGAUGCUAUCUUGGUAAUGGAGGGUGGAAAAGUUAUUCAAUCAGACACGUAUGAGAAUCUCCUGAUAGCUGGAACAACCUUUAAGCUACUAGUGAGUGCUCAUAAUGACACAAUUACUGAGUUGAAUCAAGUUAAUGGAAUUAAAAGAGGUUCUGAAAAUGAGGUUUUGUAUAAUCAAAGUGAGGGAGAGAUUUCUAGUAUCAAGGGUCCGAUUGGUGCACAGCUUACAGAAGAGGAAGAAAAAGUGAUUGGUAAUGUUGGAUGGAAGCCAUUCUGGGAUUAUAUUAAUUAUUCCAAAGGGAAAUUCAUGAUGUGUUUGAUCAUAUUAGGACAAUCUGUUUUCUUGGCUUUGCAAACUGCAUCAACCUUUUGGCUUGCUAUAGCCAUUGAAAUUCCAAAAGUAACAAAUGACGUAUUGAUUGGAGUUUAUGCACUAAUUUCUCUUUCUAGUGUUGUUUUUGUCUAUGUAAGGUCUUACAUCACUGCACUUCUUGGAUUAAAAGCUUCUACUACUUUCUUCUCAAGCUUCACCGCAGCUAUCUUCAAUGCUCCAAUGUUGUUCUUUGAUUCAACUCCUGUAGGAAGGAUUUUAACUAGAGCUUCAUCCGAUUUGAGUAUUUUGGACUUUGAUUUACCUUAUUCCAUCACCUAUGUAGCAUCUAUGACAAUUGAAAUUUUGGUGAUAAUUUGUAUAAUGGUUUCAGUCACAUGGCAAAUUCUCAUUGUUGUUGUUCCUGCAAUGGUUGCAUCAAUAUACAUUCAGCUAUAUUAUCAAGCUACUGCUAGGGAACUAAUACGGAUCAACGGAACAACCAAAGCUCCAGUCAUGAAUUUUGCAGCCGAGACAUCACUUGGAGUGGUUACUAUAAGAGCAUUCAACAUGGUGGACAAUUUUUUCCAAAACUACUUAACACUUGUGGACACAGAUGCUUCAUUGUUCUUUCAUUCGAAUGUGGCAGUGGAAUGGGCAGUUUUAAGGAUUGAAGCACUUCAAAAUUUGACUGCCAUCACUGCAGCUUUGUUACUUAUUCUACUUCCUCAGGGAUAUGUAUCUCCAGGCCUUGUGGGUCUGUCUCUUUCUUAUGCACUUCACUUGACAACAGCCCAAACAUUUUGGAGUAGAUGGUUUGCCGACAUGUCAAAUUAUAUUAUCUCUGUUGAAAGAAUCAAGCAAUUCAUUCACAUACCGGUUGAGCCUCCUGCCAUUCUGGAUCAUAACCGGCCACCAUCUUCGUGGCCUUCCAAAGGCAGGAUUGAUCUUCAAGACUUGGAGAUUAGGUAUCGUCCUAACGCUCCAUUAGUCCUCAAGGGAAUUACUUGUGCAUUUAAAGAAGGGAGUAGGGUAGGAGUUGUUGGAAGGACUGGAAGUGGAAAAAGUACACUUAUAAGUGCUUUGUUUCGCUUAGUUGAACCUUCAAGAGGUGAUAUUCUCAUUGAUGGGAUAAACAUAUGCUCAAUAGGGUUGAAGGAUUUGAGAACGAGGCUAAGCAUAAUCCCUCAAGAACCAACUCUUUUCAAGGGCAGCAUUAGGACAAACCUGGAUCCUCUAGGCCUGUACUCAGAUGAUGAAAUAUGGAAGGCUGUGGAGAAAUGUCAGCUUAAGGAAACAAUCAGCAAGCUACCAAAUCUCUUGGACUCUUCGGUGAGUGAUGAAGGUGGAAACUGGAGCUUAGGACAAAGGCAAUUGUUUUGUCUUGGAAGAGUUUUACUUAAGAGAAAUAGAAUUCUAGUUCUGGAUGAAGCUACUGCAUCCAUUGACUCAGCUACAGAUGCCAUUCUACAAAGAGUAAUUAGACAAGAAUUUGCAGAAUGCACAGUUAUAACAGUUGCUCAUAGAGUUCCAACAGUAAUAGACAGUGACAUGGUCAUGGUCCUCUCUUAUGGGAAAGUGGUGGAAUAUGAUGAGCCUUCAAAGCUAAUGGACACCAACUCUUCAUUCUCUUGGCUAGUAGCUGAAUAUUGGUCCAGUUGCAGGAAGAAUUCAUUCCCAAAUAUUAGCAGACAACAUAAUGAGUAAUGGCUUUAUGGAAGAUAAAGAUUAAUAAAUAAAUUGGAGGGAAAAUGGUUGACAUUUCAAUAGUUAUGAACUCAAGAUAAUAAAGGAAAAAUAUCUGAUUCCUUGAACUUUUUUUAUACGUAGAUAUUUCAAUUUAGUUUCUCUCCAUAAUCUAUCUAUAAUGAUCUAUUAAGCCCUAAGUAGUUACUAGAGAGAAUAGAGAGCCUCUCAGCUUAU